UACCCACACUUUAUUAGGUUUUCGGGCCUGAUAUCGGGAAGGGUGGAUGUAAUUGGCGCCUAAAUCAGUCGCACGCAACGUUUCGUUCGUUGACGAGCGAGCGCUCAACGGUUCAAUCAACUAGUUGAAUCAACGACCACCACUACUGUCAAAUUGACAUUGACAUUUGACAAUACACAAUACACCGCUACGCUCAUCAUUGAGGCUUCGCUUCUUCUUGUUUCUCUAGCUGAUUUUGCCGUUGAUAGCAACGUUGAAACGGAUUAAAGUAAUAUUUUAAUGCAAUUAUUUGUAAAAGAAAAGAAAGAUGAAAUACUUUUUGAUAUUACUUUUUUUAGUCUCAACAUUAAGUAAAUGUUUAGCUAUCUGGUGCUACCAAUGUACCGGGGCAACUCCUGGCUGUUCGGAGCCCUUUAACUGGCGUGGCAUCGGAUACCUUGGUCAACCAUGCCUUGACAAUGAUGAUAUCUGCGUAAAACUUAUUGAGAGAAAAGGAGCCCAAGAAGUUAUAACUAGAGACUGCCUGAGCAACUUCAGGGCGUUCCGGAUGGACAUUCCAGCGGACACUUACGAGGGGUGCCGGCGCGCUGCUAAGGAUGUCAACUUAGCCAACUACGUCAACAAUACUGUCAAAGAACUUGAUGUCAAACGAGACUGGUACGACGAGACGACGUGGUGUUUCUGCUUCCUGGACCACCGGUGUAACGGUGCGGCGGGGAAAUCAGUCUCAAUGGCGUUGCCAAUCCUAUUCAGUGCCGCGCUAUUGUUGACCAGAGUACAAUAAUAAUUACAUCCAUUCAUGUUAUGAGGCGGGGUGUCUAGCGGCAGAUUUCCGAUUACAUAAUUUGUUUAUAAAAAUGAAAACUAAUAAACCAAAACUAUUUAUUUUUAUGAUAAAACGACGAAUGGCCUAGCCUAGUCGGUAGUGACUCUGCCUGCGAAGGAGGAGGUCCCGGGUUCGAAACCUGGUAAGGGCAUUUAGGUAUUUGUGUGUUUAUCACAAAUAUAUGUUCCUGAGCUAUGGAUGUUUUAUCUGUCUAUUCUAUUAUAUAUAUCGUUGUGAGUGCGGGGCUAGGUGGAAUGUACGCGCUUCUCCAACCUUUGCGCUAUUCCGAAAUAAAUGCAAAGCGUACGCCUUGCUAAGAGGAAACCCGUUGGUUAGAUACGCCGCCAUAGCGUCUGCACGCUGCCAGAGAUAUAUUGUCACAAAUAAUUGUCACUCACGAAACUAAAACUCCCCGCGUACCCGUGGCACUUCGCGUUCGAUAAUUAUUUGUAUUGGAAAUCGGAAAUCUGCCGCUGGACACCCUGUAUAUAGAAACAUGUGUAUAUUUGCACAGGAAUCUCUGUAUGUAGUUAGUAAUAUUAGGAUAUAAAUAAUCUGUACUAAACGCAACAGUGACUGUCUGUCUGUCGUUGUAACUUUUUUAAGCCGUAAUGACACAGACGGCUAUAUUUUUAGGGUUCCGUAGCCAAAUGGCAAAAAACGGAACCCUUAUAGAUUCGUCAUGUCCGUCUGUCUGUCCGAUUAUGUCACAGCCACUUUUUUUCCGAAACUAUAAGAGCUAUACUGUUCAAACUUGGUAAGUAGAUGUAUUCUAUGAACCACAUUAAGAUUUUCACACAAAGAUAGAAAAAAAAACCUUAAAUUUUGGGGGUUCCCCAUACUUAGAACUGAAACUCAAAAUAUAUUUUUUCAUCAAACCCAUACGUGUGGGGUAUCUAUGGAUAGGUCUUUAAAAAUGAUAUUGAGGUUUCUAAUAUCAUUUUUCUAUACUGAAUAGUUCACGCGAGAGACACUUCCAAAGUGGUAAAAUGUGUCCCCCUUGUGUAACUUCUAAAAUAAGAGAAUGAUAAACCUAAAAAAAAUAUAUGAUGUACCAUGCAAACUUCCACCGAAAAUUGGUUUGAAGGAGAUCUAGUAAGUAGUGUUUUUUAAUACGUCAUAAAUGGUACGGAACCCUUCAUGGGCGAGUCCGACUCGCACUUGGCCGCUUUUUUCAAUUCGGCCCGCGGGAAUAACAAGUGGUCUUCACUCCUUUUUUUAGAUAUCAAAAUAUUGUUAGAUGUUAGAAAAUAAAUAGAAUAUUUUGCAACAGUAACUUUGCCUAAGACCUAAACCUUGAGUCUUGGGCAGUUUUCAGUUUCAGGUAUAUUUUUCUUUAUUCAAACAUUGUAGUUUUAACAGUUUCGAAUAAUUCACGGCUAGUUUCACUAGACUUAAAUGUGUUCGACCGGCAUAUUGUUUUCGAGCUCCCGAUACGAUCACAGUCCAUAUCCCGGUCGAUUUAAGUCUGUUGUAGCUUUAAACAGAUACUUGGAAAACAUUCCGUCCAAUUAUUAAAAAGGCUGAUUUCCCAUACUUUUUAGUUUAAUAUGUACGUAUUCUAUAUUUAUACGGGAUCUAGAAGCACUCUUUUGUUAAAAGGGUAAAAUACCUAUAGUUUGGUACAGUCGAGUUCACAAACAUCUUUUCUGCUAUCCGGGCCGAAAGCGUCAACUUUGCUCCCGCUGCGCUAAACGAAGUUGCCGCUUUCCGCCUCCGUCAGGCAGAAAAAUAGUAUGCGCACCACGGGAGGAAAAGUAGGACAUUCUAUCCCGUGUGUUUACCAUUUACACGCGGCACGCAAUUUCCUACUUUUCCUCCCUUGGGACACAAAUAACUUAAAAGCCAAUGUUAAAUAGUAGAUUGUUAACUAAGGGAUGAAAGGCACCCAUUCCUGUCGAGGUAGUGCUCACUGCGUUCGAGCGCCAAUAGUCCGAGACUGAAAUGGUGUCUUUCAGCCGAGUUAAAGACUCAACUUGUCGUUCCGAAUACGAGGAAAGUAAAAUACAUGUGCAUUAAAAAAAACACGGCUAAGUAUAAACUUCAGUAGUAGUAUUUCUGGAGGGUACUUUCAAUUAAUAAUGUACGUAAUAAUAUCGUUAUUUAUCGAAUGGCCAGUUUAUUAUCAGAAUGGAAAUUGUACACCAAAUCAAUUUAAAACCAAAACUUUAAUUGCUUAUUGUAAAAAAAAUAUACUUACAAAGUACAGUGCUCUAGAGCAGAAACGUAACAUUUUCAGCACACCUUUUAGAACUACAACGACCCUCUUUCAGAGCAUGAGAAAUGAAUGCUCUAAGACACCGACAAUAAGGUCGUGUAAAUAUAUUUCUGGUAUGUUGACUUGUACCGAUGUUUAUGGACUCGACCGUGGGGUGGGUACAAAAUAUUUGAUUUGGCACGAAGCUCUUCUGAAGUGUGGCCAGUGUGGUAAUUGAAUACAUAUGGUUCAAUACAAUAUAUAAUGCUGUAAUUACUGUUGGAUCACCUCGUAUCAUACUUGGUUUAGAAUAUAAUGUGCCUUACAUUGUGCCUAGUAAGUUAAUUUUUUAUACAUAAUAAAAGUGACCACAAAACAAUUAUAUAUUAAUUACUUGCAGCUGUUUAAUAACUUUUUGAGGAUUUUACAUGUUUUCAUUUUAAGUUUAGUAUCUAAUAUUAAAACUUAGCACAUAAGCGUUACUUUAUAUAAUUUAUAUAUUCAUUAUAUACUUAUACUUCCAGUCAAAUGUUGAUUGUUUGUAGUCUAUAAGAUAAAGUCAGAGUAAAUAAAUUACAAAUUCCAUAUCCAAGAUAUUUUAUUGUUACACUUUGCACGUAAACGCAAAUUGUGGAAUAAUGACAAUAGUACCAUGCUAGUGCGGAAAGUAUGUCAUUACUUCACGAGUACCGAGAUAUCACGCAAGACUCAGCACGAGUGAAGAAUGACAUUUCCGCUCGUGUAUCGAACGACGAGAAAGACAACAAGUAAUUUUUUAUGCAUGUUCUAUAAGACAUAAACAAUUGUAAAUAUAAAACAUUGUACUAUUAUUACCUAAGUAUCGAUAUUUACGAUUAUUUAUGUAUUUAAAUAAGUCAAUCAUCUUAAGUAUUUAUUUAUUUUAACAACAAAAAUUACACAGCAUUACAGUAUGUACUAAUGCACUGCGAAAUUUAGGACAGAAAGUAUACAAAUGCAUACACAUCAGGUACAGAAUACAAUCUGGGACUAGGUAGGUCAAUAUUAUUUUAGUAUACAAAUUUAGCGUAAUUAUUGAUUUAGGGAUUCAAAUAAAACGACUAUUCCAGACGAUAUUAUUUACAGAAACGCGUGAUUGACAUUAAUGACAGAUGACAAUUAGAGUUAAUAGACAAUGACCACUAUUUGUAAUUCUUGUUGUAGCUUGUGCUUCAUCUUCAGCCACGACAUGUCAUUUACGAGAAGUCGUAUCUCAUAUUUUCAAUAAAUUAUAAAUCUUCAA